AGGUGGAGAGAGAACACACAACAAGCAAGAGGAGGACACUAGAGAGGAGUAGAGGGGACUCCAAGGAGAGCCAGCAGAUGCGGGAGACCACCGCGGACACCAUAUCAUCUACGGAUUUUCUUUAGGACACAUCUUCAGGGUCAGACGAGGGACAUAUCUCCCAUCCUCCCUCAAUUUCAUUUCAAUUCUGACAGAUAGGACCGAACAACUCCCUCGCCAAGAUGGGCAACCGAGGCAUGGAAGAUCUGAUCCCUCUGGUGAACAAAAUGCAGGAUGCCUUCGCUGCAAUCGGCCAAAACUCGAACUUAGACUUGCCUCAGAUCGCCGUUGUGGGCGGCCAGAGUGCGGGGAAAAGCUCCGUGUUGGAGAACUUCGUGGGGAAGGACUUCCUCCCCCGUGGCUCUGGCAUCGUGACCCGUCGACCUCUGGUGCUCCAACUGAUCAACUGUCCCACCGAGUAUGCCGAGUUCCUCCACUGUAAGGGGAAGAAGUUCGUUGACUUUGAUGAGGUACGAGCGGAGAUCGAGGCGGAGACGGACCGCAUCACCGGAGCGAAUAAAGGCAUCUCCCCCGUCCCCAUUAACCUACGGGUGUACUCCCCCCAUGUGCUGAACCUGACCCUGGUGGACCUGCCGGGGAUGACCAAGGUGCCGGUGGGGGACCAGCCCGUGGACAUCGAGGCCCAGAUCAAGGAGAUGUUGAUGCAGUUCGUCACCAAGGACAACUGCCUGCUGCUGGCCGUCUCGCCGGCCAACUCUGACCUGGCCAACUCUGACGCGCUGAAGAUCGCCAAGGAGGUGGACCCCCAAGGUCAGAGAACCAUUGGUGUCAUCACUAAGCUGGACCUGAUGGAUGAAGGGACGGAUGCCAAAGACAUCCUGGAGAACAAACUGCUUCCGCUGAGGAGGGGGUACAUUGGGGUGGUGAACAGAAGUCAGAAGGACAUCGAUGGGAAGAAGGACAUCAACGCGGCCAUGGCGGCCGAAAGGAAGUUCUUCAUGUCCCAUCCCGGGUACCGGCAUCUGGCCGAACGCAUGGGCACCCCGUACCUCCAGAAGACCCUCAACCAGCAACUGACCAAUCACAUCCGCGACACGCUGCCCGGGUUGAGGGCCAAGCUGCAGAGCCAGCUGCUCUCCAUAGAAAAGGAGGUAGAAGAGUACAAGAACUUCAGGCCUGACGACCCCUCACGCAAGACCAAGGCCCUGCUACAGAUGGUGCAGCAGUUCUCGGUGGACUUUGAGAAGCGCAUCGAGGGGUCCGGGGACCAGAUCGACACGGCGGAGCUGUCAGGGGGCGCGCGCAUCAACCGCAUCUUCCACGAGCGCUUCCCCUUCGAGCUGGUCAAGAUGGAGUUUGACGAGAAGGAGCUCCGCAAGGAGAUCAGCUACGCCAUCAAGAACAUCCACGGCAUCAGGACAGGCCUGUUCACUCCUGACCUGGCCUUUGAGGCUAUAGUGAAAAAGCAGAUCCAAAAGCUGAAGGAGCCCACGCUGAAGUGCAUAGACAUGGUGGUGAGCGAGCUCACCUCCACCAUACGAAAGUGUAGCAGCAAGCUGGCCCAGUACCCCCUGCUGAGGGAGGAGAUGGAGAGGAUCGUCACACAACACAUCAGGGAUCGGGAGAGUCGCACCAAGACCCAGGUUUUGCUGCUGAUAGACAUCGAGUUGUCCUACAUGAACACCAACCACGAGGACUUCAUCGGAUUCGCCAAUGCUCAGCAGAGGAGUAACAAGCAGAACCAGAAGAAGGCUGCUGGUAACCAGGAUGAAGUCAUGGUGAUCAGGAAGGGCUGGCUGACCAUCAACAACAUCGGUAUCAUGAAGGGAGGAGCCAAGGAGUACUGGUUCGUCCUCACCGCCGAGUCGCUCUCCUGGUACAAAGAUGAUGAGGAGAAGGAGAAGAAAUACAUGCUGCAGGUUGACAACCUCAGGCUGAGAGAUAUUGAGAAGGGAUUCAUGUCCAGCAAGCAGAUUUUUGCCCUCUUCAACACCGAACAGAGGAACGUCUAUAAGGACUACCGUCAGCUGGAGCUGGCCUGUGAGAACCAGGAGGACAUCGACGGCUGGAAGGCGUCCUUCCUGCGGGCCGGGGUCUACCCCGAACGUGUCACCGACAAGGAGGGCAAGAGCGAGGGUGGGGAGGAGAACGGCUCCGACAACUUCAUGCACAGCGACCCCCAGCUGGAGCGGCAGGUGGAGACCAUCCGCAACCUGGUGGACUCCUACAUGGCCAUCGUCAACAAGACGGUCCGCGACCUCAUGCCCAAGACCAUCAUGCACCUCAUGAUCAACAACACCAAGGAGUACAUCAACGCCGACCUGCUGGCUGAGCUGUACUCGUGCGGGGACCAGAGCUCCCUGAUGGAGGAGUCCCAGGAGCAGGCUCAGCACCGCGACGAGAUGCUGCGCAUGUACCACGCCCUGCGCGAGGCACUGGGCAUCAUCGGGGACAUCAGCACCACCACCAUCACCACCGCCAUGCCCCCGCCCGUCGACGACUCCUGGCUGCAGGUGCAGCGCGCCGGCGGCGGCUCCGGCGGCAGGUCUCCCGCCACCAGUCCCACCCCCAACCGCAGGGCCCCUCCGGGCCCCCCGGGACGUCCGCUGUCUCGGGGUCCCCCACCUGGCCCUCCCCCCGCCGGGGGACCCCCCGUCCCCUCCCGCCCGGGGGCCUCACCCGAUACCUACAGCGGGCCCCCGCCCACCGUGCCCUCUCGGCCCAACCGCGCACCCCCCAGUGUGCCUAGUAGAAUAAUGGGCUCGGGAAGAAACAUUUGUCUCGUCCAAUCACUGUAGAGGUAGGGCUGUCUUUGCACCUGAAUGGCCAAUCAGAAACAACGCAGUUUUGAGCUUCUAACUGUACUGUCCUUAAACAGCAAUGCCAAGUAAUGUAUAGACACAAUGUACGCAACAUAUCAAAAACGAUCGUCUCUUCACCUCUAUGAUUUUUGGCAUUUCAAUCAACCUAUUUAUCUUUAAAUGUGUUGGUCAGUAGCUUUCCAUAACUAUUGACAAUUUAGGUCAAGUUGUCUCCAGUCAGAAAAAACACUUUGAAUCAUUCAUCAGACAGUGAUGAAUGAUUCCUUGAAACGUGUUGAAACCGUUUUCAGUCGUUUUCUUUGUGCUUUUUCAAUGUGUCUUACCUACUCCAAAUCCCCCUAUAAGACAACGGUGUGACCUCUCUUUUCAAGCAAACAGGCGUUAUGCUUUCAGGACUAUUUGCUUGUUUCUCUUGUGUGUGUAUUUGUUUAUACCCAAUGGACCUAUGCAAUAUUAUUGCAUUGGUUUUUAAAAGACAACAGCCGGGUUUCAUGUUUGUCUUGGAUUUAAGUUUUCUGCCUUAUCACAAACUCCUCUCUGCACUGACCCCAACCAA